UUGAAGAAUUGAAGUCCUUAUAUUGUGAUUAUUAUUGAAUUCAAAUUUACCAAAAUGACGUCCAUACUUUGUAUGCGUAUUGGCUUUGCAGCCAGCCAAAAAUUUCUUUUAUCCAAUAUUCUCGGGAGAAAUUACGUGACAUAUAUUCAAGGUCAAUCUCCUCAACCCCGUGUGCGAGAGUACUUCUAUUAUAUUGAUCAUCAAGGCAUGUUGUUCCUGGAUGAUGUCCGCAUAAGGAAUUUCACCUCCUGUUUUAAAGAUAAGAAAUUCCUGGCAUUCUUUUUCAAGCGCAUGAGGAAAAACGAUACUGAACACUACACAGACGACUUUCCAUUCUUAUCAAUUUGUGGCGUAGAAAGAAAUUAUGUAAGAUGUGACGAUUUGCCAUUGGUUUUUACAAAGAUAAUCCAAGAGUGUAACGUAGAAACUGGUGCAGAAGAGGACUGGUUUAGUUACGCGCACGCAGAUGACUUAUUAAUGAUGCCUUUCGAACCACAAAGAUUAUUUAUGAACAUUAAAACAGGUAGAGUGUAUCAUCCUGCACCAGAGAAAAUUGGCGGGAUUGGUUUAGUGAGAUCCAAUUUAGCUAUUGAGUUCAGCGCUUUGUUCAACUUUGAAAACGGCGAGGAAAAUGCGCCGACACAUUUUGUGUGGAGAAACGAGCGAUACCAACUCGAUACAGAAUGAUGAAAUAUCAAAGAUCCUGGCAGUACCAUCGUCGGAAAC